CUGUCGUAUGUGCCAGGUGCAAGAAAGCUACCAGGUGACUGCGCUCGAGCUCUACGCCUCACUUGUAGGCCUAGCAAACAUUCUUUCAGUCUCAUCAACAUGUCUGAGCCCCAGAACGACUGGAAACGAUAUAUUAGACCCAACCUAACGCAAUUUGCUAGCAAGUUACAGCCAUCUUUAGUGUUGGAUGCUCUACACGAGUGUGACCUUCUAACUCUAGAAGAAUGCAAGCGUCUGCGAAAGGAGUCUCUCACCGAGGAGGAGCGCUCUCACAUACUCUUUUACGACAUUUUGCUGUACAAGGAGAACGAUAAGUUUACUGACUUUUGUCAAGUUUUGCUUGCCAUUCCCGGACAGAAGCACAUUGUAACGAAAGUCAUGAAGGUUCCAUCUGAUCAUCCAGCUCGGACGCAACUUGUAGCACAACGUGUACAGCGAGCUAUAGAGACUUUCCAACAGUCUGAAAACAAUCAGCAGACGUCUCGAUCAUGGCUAAAGUAUAUAACUAUUGCUGUUGUUGCAAUAUCAAUUACUUUUGUAGUCGUCUGCACUGGAUAUUGGAUUCAUGCAAACAAGUAUGAUGCAGUGCCAGGUACAUGUUGGAAAUUUGUUCAAGACAUAGCAUCAGAUUUAGCUAGGAAACUGAAUUAUACAACAGCAAUGAAUGAUAUGCUAUUUUCAAACGAUGUUAUUAACCAGAGCAUUUCAACGAAAAUACGUAAACAGUUGAGUGACGCCAAAUGGACAAGUGCUUACACUCACACAUUGUUGAUGGAUGUUCUUCCAAAGACUGACAAUGUACGAAACAUGAAGUCUUGUUGUUUGCUGCGUGUAAAGUCUAAUGUGCCUUUAAUGGGAAAGAUACUUUGUGAUAAAUGCAAAGCAUUUGAAAAGUGCACAGUGAAUCAAACAGCAAAGUUCUUUAUUCCCUUGUCUUGCCAGUUAUUUUUGAACAACAUUACUGAUCAGAAUGUUUAUACUGACGCUCCUGUUGAUGUAAACUACGUGAAUGAAACAGAAAUUGAGAAACCUGUAGUGGUACAUCCAUCAUCAUUUGUAUGCAUUUUCAACAAGGUCUUGGCAACGUUGACUAUAAGUGUCGAAGAAGAGUAUAUCAACAAGGAACUUCAGGAGAAAAUCACUUCUACACUGAAAGCCGAUGUUUCUAAAGUACAUGUAAAGUUUUCCAGAACCAACAGUCCAUGGAUGCUCUUAAGUUUGUCAGCUCAAGCUGGAUUACGUCUUAAACAAAAGUUGAAUGCACGAGAGUCUAAACAUUACUUUGCCAUUGGUCUAAUGAUAGCAGAAGCAUUUCACUUGGAGUCAGCAAGAAAUGUCUCUAUUGAGUUACCAAGAUGAGGAAGAUGUUUAUCUCAUGACUGACGGGAUGACAUGUCUUGAGUAUGUCUUCUGCCAUUAAUUAAAACGUUUUCUGUUUUAUACCAAAGAUCAGAGAAGGUGGACAGCAGGAGCCAUUUCUUUGGAAUUGUUAUUGGGUGUACCAAUACUUAUUUACCUGUUUUUAAUAUCACACAUGUUUGCUGCUGGUUUCUCAACAAGAAGAAUAUCUGAUGUUGGGGCAGUUGAUCAAUCUACCUUACAACACCGCUACUUCACCACAGCACCUUACAAGAGUGAAUUACCAACUGGUGAAGACAUUGAAUGGACAGCAAAAUCAUCUGAUACCGACAAGUCGUUUAAACCAGAGAACAAAUGGGAACGAUAUGUUACUCCAAGUUACCGCAACUUGUAAAAAUGUUAAAGCAGUCGUCACUGUUGGAGGAAUUCCUUGCGUGUGGCCUUCUAACUGCAGAAGAAUGCAAUAGUCUGCGACGUGGCUGUUUGACAGAGCAGGUUGCCUCGCAAACUUGUCUUUGACAUAUUGCCAUACAAGGGAAACCAAAGUUUCGAUCUCUUCUGCCACAUUCUCCGUAAAGUCGAAGGACAGGAGUUUAUCGUGACAGAAGUUUUGCAGAUACAAACCGUGAUGGAGUCUACUGUAGACCGUAAAGUAAAAAUGCCACAACAGAAAGGUCAGAAUACUAAUGAAUCAACAGUGGAAGCAUCUGCUAGUUCACAGACAGAAGUGGAGUCUCAAUGAGAGCGCGUGGAGCCUUGUAGUCCAGACCUCAUCGAUGCGCUGCUGCCCUAGUCUGUUCUUGGAUGAACUUCGGACGGUCAGUUUACUUACACGAGAAGAAUACCUGCAGCUACAGCAAGACUCAAUGAGAGGGAAGUACAAUUCUUCCUCAGAAGGGAAAAGGAUCAUUUGAAGCAUUUUGUAAAGUUUUGAAUGAAGAGGAGAAUCAAAACAUAUUCUUAGUAAAAUUUUGAAAGUUCCAAGUGUGCCAACU